GGCCCUUCCUCUUCCCGGGGCUGCGUGCUCUGUCGGUGGUGAUCAUGCCCAAGGCGAAGCGGCCGAGAGGCUCCGGUGGGGCGGCGGCGGCGGGCGUCCCCUUGGCAGAGCAGAUCGCUCAGAGCGAUGCCGUGAAGCCCGUCACGAGGGUCAAGCGACGCGGCCAGGCCCGGAAGGACGGUGGUGGGGGAGAAGAGGAGGACGAGUAUGUGGACGAGAAGCUCUCCCGGCGGAUCUUGGAGCAGGCUCGCAUCCAGCAAGAGGAACUGGAGGCCGAGCACGGCGCCGGUAGGAGCCACGAGCCCAGAAAGAAGACGACGGUCCUGGGACCUACCUCAAAGGAUGGAGAUUCAGAUGCAGAGGAUGAUGAGUGCCCAUUGCUGGGGGCAGGUGGAGCCAUGGAGAAGGAACAGUAUUGUGAAGAGAUGACUGUAAAUCCAGAUGAUGAAAAAGCCAUUGAAAUGUUCAUGAGCAAGAACCCACCAAUGAGGCGCACCUUAGCAGACAUUAUCAUGGAGAAGCUAACAGAAAAACAGACGGAGGUAGAGACAGUGAUGUCAGAAGUAUCUGGCCGACCUAUGCCACAGCUUAAUCCUCGUGUCCUAGAAGUCUACAAAGGUGUCAAAGAAGUGUUGUCAAAAUACAGAAGUGGAAAAUUGCCCAAAGCCUUCAAGAUCGUCCCAGCGUUAUCCAAUUGGGAGCAGAUGCUUUAUAUCACAGAGCCAGAGACAUGGACAGCAGCUGCCAUGUACCAGGCAACAAGAAUUUUUUCUUCUAACCUUAAAGAGCGGAUGGCCCAGAGGUUCUACAAUCUCGUGCUCCUCCCACGAAUCAGAGAUGAUAUUGCUGAAUAUAAACGCCUCAAUUUCCAUCUUUAUAUGGCACUGAAGAAGGCCUUGUUCAAACCUGGGGCAUGGUUCAAAGGAAUUCUCAUCCCUUUGUGUGAGUCUGGAACAUGCACACUGAGAGAAGCAAUCAUUGUGGGCAGCAUCCUCACCAAGUGCUCUAUUCCAGUCCUUCAUUCAGGGGCUGCUAUGCUAAAGAUUGCUGAGAUGGAAUACAGUGGUGCCAGCAGCAUUUUUCUCCGUCUGCUCAUUGACAAGAAAUAUGCCUUGCCUUUCCGCGUUGUAGAUGCUCUAGUUUUUCACUUCCUAGCAUUUCGGAAAGAUCAGCGGACCCUACCUGUCCUGUGGCACCAAUGCCUCUUGACAUUUGCCCAGCGCUACAAAGAGGACCUAUCUUCUGAGCAGAAAGAAGCUCUCUUGGAGUUGCUGAAGUUUCACAACCAUUCCCAGAUCUCUCUGGAAAUCCGCAGGGAGCUGGUGAACUCCAGGUGUCGGGACAUUGAGGGGAUUCCACCAGUUGCAAUGGAGUAAAUGAAGGGAUGAAGGAUUCCAUAUAUGGGUCACUUCAACUGUUGUGAUUUGCUUGUGAUGGGACUUGAAAGUUAAAGAGUAAAAUGAUGCUACAUCAUUGGAGUUUGGCAACCCUUUUUGCAGGAGUUAAAGCUUUUAUAGAUUUUUUAAAAAUUAACUUGCUGUGCUUAGGACAAGACAAGAUUAUUUUUGAAGAUGAGAGCCCUCCUGUAAUCAAUAAAUAUAUAUUUAAUGGUAGAA